AACAAGAGAAUUAUCAGGUUAAAGCAUACGAAGAGAAGAGAAAAUAUUAUACACAAUCACAAUAAUUGGAAUCAAUCAACCCUUCUAAAGGGUUGAUGAAAGUGCAACGUAUAGCAAACCCGUUAAGGAUUUGUGAAAUUUAUAAUCCCUUUCAUAAACCCUUCAGGGCCAGUUUUUGCAACUCAUAAACCCUAUGUUCAUCCCUUUUUCCAGGGUUUAUGAAAGGGUUUAUAAUGUCUUAAUAAACCCUUUAAAAGGGUUUGUGACACGUUGCACUUUCAUAAACCCUUUUUUCGUUUUUUAUUCUACGGAUAUUUUUUACAGUGUACCGUAUACGACACGGCGAUAUACGGCCGUAAUACGGCGCAUACCAAAACGUUAAAAUACGGCCCGUAUACGGUCGUAAGUUCGGCGUAUACGGCCGUUUACGGUCGUAUCUAGUCGUCGUAAUGCUCGACCUGGGGAACCUUGAAUACUGUUUUAGAGGAAUGGGAAAAGGUUGGAAUAGCUUCCUUACAAAAUCAAAAAGAAUAUAUCAAAUUUUUAUGCUAUAAUGUCGAAGGUUGGGGCGCUCGCGCAGUUGAAGCUAUUGAUUUAGUGUAUGAAGUUCAAGCGUCUGUUUGUAUUUUUACAGAAGUAGGAGAGUUAUGGAACACAUGUCGAUUACCACAUUUUAACACGUUUUAUCAAAAAGGUACUAACAAGAAUGGAGGAGUAGAAGGUACCAUUCGAUCAGGUGACUUUAAUGCAACAGUGAAAGAAUGGAAUAGUCCAAUAACUGACAGGAGAGUUCAACGACCAACACGUCUAAGCGCUCCCUACGUAAUGUAG